AAGAUCAGAGCUUGGCAGCUCAGGUUACAGGAUAAGCAUAAAUAACAGGUACCUGCCCAGCAAAGACUGGUUUGCCUGGAGCUCCUGAGGAACAAGAGGAAGCAAGCUGUGUCUGUGCCCUCAGCAAGCUGCAAUGUUGCUGCUGUUUCUCUUCACAUUGUUCCUGCUUACCCAGCCCCAUGGACACCUGGGGGCAGAAGUGAAGACCUACUCCAGGGCAGCAGUCAGCAAUGCAUGCACCCUGGUCAUGUGUAGCUCUGUGGAAAAUGGCCUGCCUGGCCGAGAUGGAAGGGAUGGCAGAGAGGGCCCCCGAGGCGAAAAGGGGGAUCCAGGUGUUCCAGGAGCUACAGGGCUAGCAGGGCUGCCUGGGCCAACUGGCCCAGUGGGACCCAAAGGGGACAACGGCUCUGCUGGAGAACCUGGACCAAAGGGAGACACUGGACCAUGUGGUCCUCCAGGACUUCCAGGAAUGCCUGGUCCAGCUGGAAGAGAAGGUGCAUCAGGAAAGCAGGGGAACAUAGGACCUCAAGGAAAACCAGGCCCAAAAGGAGAGACUGGGCCCAAAGGAGAAGUCGGCGCACCAGGCAUACAGGGCACUGCAGGAACAAGGGGACCUCCAGGUCUCAAGGGGGAGAGAGGUUCCCCUGGUGAGCAUGGAGCCCCUGGAAGUGCUGGAUCUCCUGGAGCUGCAGGUCCACAGGGAGCCCCAGGAGCCAGGGGGCCCCCAGGACUGAAGGGGGACAGAGGUGCUCCUGGAGACAGAGGAGCCAAAGGUGAAAGUGGACUGCCAGAUAUCACUACUCUGAGGCAACAGAUGGAGGCCUUACAGGGACAGCUACAGCACCUCCAGGCUGCCUUCUCUCAAUACAGGAAAGUCGUUCUCUUUCCUGAUGGCCAAGGUGUUGGGGAGAAGAUCUUCAAGGUAGCAGGCUUUGAAAAACAUUAUGAGGAGGCACAGCAGGUGUGUGCACAGGCUGGUGGGAAGUUGCCUUCUCCACGCAAUGCAGCUGAGAACCAUGCCUUGCAAGAGCUGCUCACCAUGAAGAACAAGGCUGCCUUCCUGAGCAUGACUGACACCAAGAAAGAAGGCACAUUCACCUACCCCACUGGGGAGCCCCUAGUCUAUUCCAACUGGGCCCCAGGGGAGCCCAACAACAACGGUGGUUCUGAAAACUGUGUGGAGAUUUUCAGCAAUGGCAAGUGGAAUGACAAGGUUUGUGGAGAGCAACGCCUUGUGGUUUGCGAGUUCUGAGUUGCCACAGGUGGUUGGGGCAGGGAGCCUGGCUAGCAAGUCAGGCCCAGACUCAUGUGCUGCCAACAUCCUAAUAAAAGAUGCUCACCUCUAGCAUCCAGGCUCCUCUACGAAAGGUAGGGUUAUUGCAAAGAGCUCUUUUCUGUGUCAGUAAAAUGCAAGACUGCCUUCACACACAGGGCAGAAAGGGACUAGCUUUCUAACUGCAAACAUUAGAAGUAGAUCUCAAAUGAAUUCUCCAUAACACAACGCAGCCUUCUUUCUUAAACACCAGCUGCCUUUGGCCAUGAAUGAUUAUUCUUUCAUCUUUCAAAUUCUUUCUCUUCUUGGCUUCCAGAGCACAGUUCUUCCCUGCCUUUGCUCUUUUUCAUUUGGCUUCUCCUUAACAGUGUCUCUUGCCUUACCCCUCUUCCACUCCUUAAUGGCAGAAUAAUAGAAUCUCAGCCUUCAGCUCUCUUCUCUCCUUAACUCAACUGCAGAAGCGAGCUCAUCCUGUUCCCUGGCUUCUUCUACAAGUUGAUGGCUCCUGUGUGCAUAUGCCUUAACCCCAGACUUCUCUAACCAAUGCAGGCUAGAACUCCAGAGCUGGAAGCCCCUGGUUAUUGCUUGCUUCAAGGCCUGAGUCCAAGAAACUACACAGCACAGAAAAGUGACCCAGAAGGGACUGUCUGCUUGCCCCGCCAGCAUGCACAUCUCUGUACUAGCAUACACCACCUCCCCAUACACACUCCAUGCAUCUGAACAUCUCUCUCCAUUCUCGCCAUUGUGACUGCUCUUGGCUCAUGGGAGACAUGCCAGCUGCAUGAUUCUCAAUCCAUCUUGGAUCUCAGGGCACUUUAGAGCAGAGGGAAUCUCAUCAUGCUCAACUUCGCUCCAACCCUCCUCUUGCCUGGAAGUUCCAGGAAGAUUCUUUCCCCCACUCAGUUUAGGGAUAAUCUAGUUAA